AACACCACAACUGACCACAACUGUCCAGGCCGGGACCGGGACUCCGAAUUAAAGAAGAAACUUUUGCAGACAUAUAGUUGAUUUUUAAGCCCCAACUGCCUCUCGCCGACAGCUGUUUGAUGGGAACCCCGGAGGGAGAGAGAGAUUGGGUAGAUGUGGCAAAUGAUCUGCUCAGCAAGUGUCACAUAAACCUGAGGCUGAGGAAACUGACGGACUGUGAUGCAAAUGUUUUUAUUGCUCUCUAUGAGGCCAUCUUUGGGGAGAAAGUUCCAGAUUAUAUUGAAUCACCAUGCAGUCAAGAGGAUGACAUCCAUAAUGUCCAGUCUGUGAUCGAUUCACUGUCCUUGGAUUAUCUUCAGAUCAGCCUCUCACACAUUACAGGAGAAAAUGUUGUCAGAGGGAACGAAGAGUCUGUCAAAAACAUCCUGGAAAUCUUUGAUGGCCUACUGGAAUAUCUCAAUGAGGAGAUAAGCGAGGAGUUGCAGAAUGGUGAGGAGCUAAAUGACAGUUUCAAUGAGGAAGUGCUCUGUGAAACCAAGGAGCCAACAAAUUGUGAUGGCACUGAGCAGAAAGAGACCAAGCUGGAUGGAGCAUGUUUGUCUUCUAGUGGAGAAUCCACUAUCCAGUCCAGUAAACAUUCCCUCCACUCCUGGAACGCUGAAGAGAUCGGAUCAACAAGUGAUCACAUUGGGCUGGGAGUGUCGGCACGCACAUUCACAACCAAACAAGAAGGACUGGCCCUCCCUCCCCAAACCUCAGAUGCAUUAACCACCUCUGGCCCCCUGGACACCCAGGACGCUCCACUGGCAGAACUGCCACACUCAGCCAUUGCUCUGCAGCCACCCAACCAGAGCAACACUCCCCACAGACCCGACACAGACCCACACUCACUCAGCCAGUCCCCCACAGCUGCUGGCCUAAACCACGAGCAUGCAGAGGAGGAAGCCGAGCCUGUCACUACAGAGACCUCGAGACCUGUAGCUGAGACAGUUGUCACCAAUGGACUGCAGUCUCCUCCCCUUUGCCACUCUACUGCUGUGAGUGAGAAGUCUUUGUCCAGCCAGCAAAGAGCCCGGACAGGAGCGGAGGGGGAGACACUAGAGCCAACUAACGGGGGUCCCAGGAGGGUUUUAUUCCGCACCCAGCCAGAUGUGCUCUUCCUUACCCUGCAGGACGAGAUGGGGGCCACGACCCCUUCUCCGCCAGACACAGAAGAGGAGGAGGAUCUGAGUUAUACACAAAGACGACAUGAGAAAAGGACGGGUCACACAGAUAAGACUGGCUUUAGAAGUAGCAGGCUGGAGGAGGAGGAGGAGGAGGAGGGUUUUGAGGAGCCUCUGUCUUAUCGCAGACAGAGGAACAGGCAAGCAGAAGAGGAGCUGCACCACAUAUCCGAGAAACUCUCCCAUCGACUUGAGGAGCUGGAUCAGAUGCUUAAACGAGUUCUGGAUGAAAGUGGAGAGUCCAGCGAGGUCAGAGAAGAGGACAAGCAGUCCCACCACAGCGACAGCAUCAUGGAGUGUCGAAGGACUCCCAGACAGCAUACAGUUUCAGGAAUACCUGAUCCUGAAUCCACCCACCGAACACGCUCCCUGUCUCCCUCCCCUCCACGAGUUCGUCGCUCUCUGCAGGUACAGUUAGAGGACGCCAUGAAAGAGGCUCUGAGUAUGGAUGAUGGGAGACAAACUAACCUCACAGCUUCUGAUCAUACAUGUCGAGAGCUACAUCACAGACCAUCACACAGAAAACAUAGCAAGUACCUGGUGAAUACAGCUUAUGAGGAAGAGUUGAAAAUAUAUGAAGGCAAAAAACAGGCAGAUCUAGACAAGGCACGCCUCAGAGCUCAAGAAGCUGAACAAGAGUACAGAGAGGCCAUACUAAGGGAUGUGUCCCAAGCCCCCAGACUGUCCCCAGCUAAAAUGAAGGCCCAGCAUAAGACGCAACGUAACCCACAAACUACACCAGGACGAAGGAAGGAAACCCCCAGAAAAGCUCCACCAAUGAAGGUGAAGGAGAAUGAGCUCCUCCCUGUGCUGCUGGAUGAGUUACCCCAUCUUCACAUCUCCCCCCACACCCUGGGCCGGAUGUGGGAGCAGCAGAUGCAGCAGGUGGACAGACUUCACACCCUCUCGUCCUCUCAUAGCAAGCGUCGCGGCAAACUCUCUAGCCAGGUGGAGGAAGCCCAGAGGAAACAUGACCUGCUGGUGGAAAUCGUCCAAAAAGACCAGGACCACAAGAGGCGUCUGAGGGACUUCAAAGAGCGCAUCCAGCAGCAGAAGUCUACCCAGAACAGACUGAGAGAACAGAGGCAGCAGACAGCCCGCGCCAAGAAGUACCACAACGACUACCAUGUCCAGCACCGUGCCCGUCUGAUGAAGGCACGCACCAAGGAGGAGAGGAUGUUUCGGCAGCUGUUUGAGGAGGGAUUGGAGCUACAGAAGGUCCGGUUGAGAGAGCAGAGAGCCAAUGCCAGGGAGCAGCGGCUGGAACACCAGAGACGACACCAGGACCAGAUCAAGUCCUUGGAGAACUACUACAAAGACCAAUUUUCACUACUGGCUGAAAAACUUGCACAUGAGCGGCAGGACAUCCAGGUUCGAAAAAAAGCUCAAGAAAAGGCUCUGCUGAAGAUGAAGCGAGAGCUGCGUUCCAGGAUGGAACGUGAGAUCGGUGAACUGCAGGAGAUCAUCAUCCAGAACGACGAGGACGACUAUUUCCAGGAUUUGGAGGUCCAGAGGCUGCGCAAUCGGGUCCAGAUGGCUUCCUUCCAGUACAACACUAGCUAUAUGCACUGAUGCGGAGGAGCGAGUAACACGCGGCUGUUUUAAGCUCCACGCAAUCAAAGCUGGAUUACUAUCAGAAGAACAUGCUGCGAGACACGUUGUUUCUGCCACUCACAACUAAGGGUACGACAUUCUGACGGCUGAACGUAAUUGUCACCUCAGAGAUUUGCACACAAAAAGGAAAUUCACUUUGUAAGAACUAAAACAAGUCCUGAUUAGAUAGAACAUACAGGCGUAUUGAGACAGAAUGUGUUGAACAAAUGUUUGAUGAACUGAACACACUCCGGCAAAAUGUAGCUAUUAGCUAAUUUAUCUUAACUCUUCCUCUCACCUCAGCUGCUAUACCUGAACCUAACGACACCUUGGACCAAGUCCCCUUCUACCAUGGGUUUUAGUACUCGAUAUGUAAGAAUGUUUUAAAGUGACUCCCUCACUGUGCUGUUAUUGUAGCAGACAACUAGUAAAAAUGUUCUUCCCUUCGCCAAAUGGGGACCACAGAUGCAAAGUUAAUAAGUAUGAAUGUCACACACUGACAGGACUUGUAACUCUUUUUUUUCUCCCUUUUUUGUGCGAUGUCUUCCCUUUUGAUGUUUUAACCAUGCCAGUGGACUAUUUAUUUUUUAACUUUUAAUGUAUUUUGGUUUUUUAACUAACCUGGAGUUGUGCAUUCUUAUCACCAGGAGCGAUGAUAAUCAGUCUUUAAUGACUUUUUCUUUUCCUCAGCUCCAUUGCAUUUGAUUUUAACUCAGCCAGAACUUAAAGGGGAUUUCCAGUGAUUUUGAACAUCAAAGGCCGUUGUUUACAGGUUUACGUGAGCACUACUGUGUAUGUAAAGUCUUUUUUUUGGCUGCAGAAGUCUGAUAAAUUACCUCAAGGGAUGAAAUUUGAGGCAGUGUAGUAGUAGUCAUCAACACCUGUAAACUAACUAUAAGUGAAAUUGUUGGAAUUCACCUUUAAACCUGGUAAUUUUGAAACAAUACAAUGUUAAAACACUGUCGACUGAUAUUGUGCAUUGUAUCUAAUGAGCACACAGAUGCCCUCAUCUAUUGAUGUUAUCUAUUAAAUUUGUGGGCUCACUCAUCUCUGGUUGAAUAUGACACAGUUAAAGG